AUGGCGUCGGUGGCGACGGGACUGGACGCGCUGCUGCAGACAGUGGCCAACUCGACUCUGCGGAAUCCAGUGGAGCCUUACCUGGGGUCUGCGUGGAACUACAUGACUGACAAUUACCCGCGCUUCACCAUAGCCGUCUGGUUCUCUGUGGUUCUGCACGAGCUCGUGUACUUCGGGCUCUGCGCGCCUGGCUUCGUCGCCCAGUUUCUUCCGUUCAUGCAGAAAUACAAAGUACAACAGGACAAGCCAGAGACGUUUGGGCAGCAGUGGAAAUGUUUCAAGAAACUCAUGUUCAACCAUUUCUGUAUCCAACUGCCGUUGAUGUCCAUGACAUACUAUUACCUGGAGAUGAUGGGAAUUCCAUACGAAUACGACAAGAUGCCCGCCUGGUGA